AUGCGGAAACGUGAAGCUGCUUCUAGUACUUUGCUCAUGGAGGAUGAAGUCUCCAAAUCCAAGCGGAGGUUUUCAGAUUUGUCAGCUGGUACCAGUGGAAAGCGCUCAAAGCUCACCAGGAGGCAAUCCAGGGAUGAGACUACCAUUCCUUCUGUAACAAGAAAACUCUUCAACUCCACGGAGAUGGAAGAGGAGACUCAGGAAGGCCAUAAUUUAGAAGAGUUAGAGGAAGACAUAUUUUCCUCCAAAAUACUUGAGGAAGGAGCUGGCGAUUCGGAGGUCAUUGCUGCAUUUGAAAGCUUCACACAAGUAUUGAAGAAAAAGUUUUGGUCUAGGUACAAGAGGAUGGCGAUUUAUACCCAAAACGUUAUGAGGACGUCUGAACAGCAUAUUUUGGCAUUAUUGAAUCAGAUUCAUCAGAGCCAGCUGAAUGAACUGGAACGCUUCCACAAGACGGUUGCCCAGGAACUUUCCAAUCUUGAGAAGAGAACUCGGUUUCUUUCAAACCUUGAGAAGGAUACUUUGGAAUUUUGGACUAAGCAAUCCAACAUACUCAACAAAAAAAUGAACAAUUUUUGUAUUCGUCAAAUGCAGAGGAUACAGUCCAUGGAUUCAGAGCUGGAGGGAGCAGCAAAGAAUCUGGAGGACGCAGCCCAAAAUGGAAAGUUUGAAGAAGCAGUAGACCAUGAGGAGGAGAGAAGCAAGGCCUCUGUCAUUGCCUCUGACUGAUUAAAAUUAAUUUAAGCUGGCGCGAAGAGCUCUGAUCAAAUGCUGACGUGUCUGAAUCAUUUCUUAAAAUAUGCUGGACAAAUGCCUUCAGUCCAUAGCUAUAAGCAAUUGUCUGUUAACAUGUACUCAAUGCUUAAAUGAGUUUUGCUCUCUCUUUCCCACAAGGGGGUAGUGUUGAGGGGUUUCUGGUGCCAACAAUUUGUGAAAUGCAUAGCGUAGCUGAUAUUUCAGUUGAUACCAUUCCUUCCCAUCCUUAUCUGUCAUUUAUAUUUUAUAUACAGCCAGUUGUGUUAGAAAUGUUGUAAACACAAAUCAAAGAUAACCUCCUAACAAGAAGCAAUUGUUUUGAGUGCUCCUCCCAUUUCUUAUAGGAUGGAAACUCUUUUUAUUCUUUUUUAUGAUUUAACACUUGCUUGACUUGUCCAAGGGACUAACAGAUUAAAAAAUGUAU